CAAGAGUUCGAUUAUGCAGAAAGAAACGAUAAUUCAAUAAAAUUCAAAUGAAAUUAGGCCUUAGUCGACGGCUUUUAUAAAGAUUAUUCUACUGUUUUUAUUGCUACAUUUGCAAUAAAAAUAUAUAUACUUCUUUAUUUUCUUCACUCAAACUAACUAAUUUUAGACGGCAGAAGCGCAAAAUCGACUAAAUAAUGGAUAGAAUCAAGAAGUAGCACAUAGCAAAAUAAUCCUUAAAUAGGAUUGAAAUUGCCUAAAUAAAAAAAAAAAAAAAAAAAAAGAAGUAGCACAAAAUCCACCUGAUGUCGCUGCUGAGCAAGUUCAAGGUGAGCAAAAUCAAGUUCAAGGGCCAUUGCCAUUACCCAUGGAACAAGAUGUAACAUAUAGAUUAUCAAAUAAUGCAGUCUUUGAUCAUUUUGUAGACAAAGAUAGUACUGUUGAAAUAACGGCCUACGUUGAUCAGCUAAACUCUCCCAAGGGAGUAGGAUCACAGAAAAAGUUGAAACUUUUUAAAUUUGUGUUGAUCAAUGGUAUCAAGAAAGUUGCAGUAUGUAUUUGGAAUGAGCCAUUGGUCUCAAUUUAUUCUCCAGAAGUCCAAGUUGGUAAAUGGUAAAAGGUGCUUGUAUCAGCAGGAACUGGGAAUCGAACCCGGGCCUACCGGGUGCGAGUCCGUCGCCCUACCGACCGAGCCAUUGCAGGUGUUAUACAUAACUGGAUGCCAAGCUAGAUCAGUUCAGCCUACUUAUUUCAGAGUGAACGAGGGUUGCGUUCCUUAUGGGUUUCGUCCAUUUUGCGAAGUUUUGGUGUCGAACAUCUAGGUAUGCGCAUAGACUUUUCGAUGGACGAAAUGACAAAAAUCCAAUACAAAUUACGUUUGAUAACAUUAAAGAUUACCAGAUUGGUACUGUUGUUAUUACUGGAUUUAUCAAGCAAACUUUCCGGGUCAUACGAAGUCACUGGAAUAAUAUGAGCUAUGGAAGUGGAUCAGUAUGUGAUGCUAAAACUAAAAUAAAUAUAAAUAUAACAAACUUUACAGAAGUUCCACCAACCUACGUUCUUGGGGCUAAUGUUACAAUUACUGGGGAGUUAUGUGUCAAUGGUGCUUUAACAAUAAUCACGUACAGCGACAUUAACAGUAUUGUUUUGAAUGUUGAAAUUGAGCCAAUGUCUCCUCAGCAAUUAGAGACUGUUAUAUAAUUCCCGAAGCGUACAGCUAAUUAAAGUUCGUAUUGUUACAAUCGUGCAUAUUUUAUAGGUAUAUCAAGAAUAGAAUAUAUCAAGACGAAAUGCUGAUAAUAGAGGUCGUCUAGUCUUUAAUACAAAUACUUGAUUGUGCAACAAUUACAAUUUAUCAAUUGUAAAUGAAAUUACGGCACUUCAAGAAGAUCCUAUAGCAUUAAAGCUAAAUGUACUACGUCAG